GGAGAAAAGGCAAAGACAGAGACGGAGAGAGAAGAAAGAAAGAAAGGAAGGAAUUUAUGUAGAAGGCCACGUAUUGCAUUCGUUUCUGGAUUCUGAAGAAAGAAACCCCGACGCUCAAUUUUGGCCUUUUUUUUUUUUUUUGGUUGGAUUUUGCUUCACUCUUCCUCGUUCCCCUCAAUUCCCAUUUGGGUCAAUAUUCCAAAUUCCUCGAUUGUUUGUUUGUUUUUUUUUUUUUUUUUUUUUUUUUUUUGGGUCUUUUGCAGGUAAACACAGAUGGGCAAAACGUCUUCUUCUCACAGGAAAAAGCGCUCCAAGAAGGGCAUUCAGGCUCGAAUGAAGAAAAAGAAUAAGAAUAGGAGGAGGAGAUAUGAAUCCAAGAAGCUUCGCCGUCAUGAUAACUCCGAUGAUGAUUCAAGAACUUCAGUGUCAGUUUCAUCCUACUCUUCUAGUUCUGAGGAUGAUAACCAUAGAGGCAAAAGGGCUCGUUCUCGAACUCGAAAGGAUGUGAUAGGUAAGAAGAGGACUCGAAAUCGCUCAAGUAGCCCUGAAAGUAGUGAGGAUUCCCCCCAUGUAGGGAAGAGAAAAAGGUCAAAGAAAAAAUAUGAUUACGAGGCUAAGAAAAAAAUCCAUGCAAAGAAGAAGCCUAGGAGAUAUGCUAGUGAUAGUUCCACAAGUAGCAGGUCUUUGAGCUGCUCAACUUGUUCAGAUCGGAGUAUUAGCAGUCAUGAGAUUGAAACUAAAAGGUAUACAAGCAGGCAUAGAAAAGAUGAGAGACAUAAAAGAAAUUUGGAGGAGGUUAAAAUCAGGAGUAAAAGGAGUAGAUAUAGGUCAAGGAGUCGUUCUUUAUGCAGUUGUAGUGAAAGUAGUGAUUAUCAGAGUGAUCAGAAGGUGUUGGGUGAGAACACUUUUAGGCGGUUGCGAUCAGUUAUUACUGUUACUGAAAAGGACAAUGAGGGCAGAGAGUUAAAUAGGGAUGAACAUAAAGAAGAGAUUAUAUACUUUAAUGAUGAUUAUCCUUCCUGUAGAAGCAAUGAUAGUAAUGAAGGGGGAAGCAAGAGGGAGGGAGAUUAUUAUUCACAUGUUGGAUCUGAGAAGGACUUGGGGUUAGAGAAUGUUCAAGGGGAUGAAGCUGUUGUCUCAGAUGUUAGAAUCUCCAAAGUUGAAAACCAUGGUGAGGGCCAAUAUAAUGGAAGUAUCCCUGCCUGUGAUGAACUUCAGAUAAAUCAUCCAGUGAAUGAAAAAGUGAGUGAGGUCUCUGGAGCUAUUAGUAGUCAGAGUGGUGAUGACUUGGAGUCACUUUUAAGACAAAGAGCUUUGGAGAAUUUAAAAAGAUACCGAGGAGGGCUCCAGACAAUUGAAAAAACUGCCGCUAACCAGAAAAAUAAAAAUUAUGGUGAUGUGAAUCACUCAUCAUCUCUGAAACCUGAAUCCGUUCAAAACAAGUUCCUUAAGACGGAUGGUCCUAGAUUGGUUGGUGCAAAGUCCUCCAAGGAGGAUGAUGCUGAAGUGGUUGGUUCAAACAAAACUAAAUUAGUAAAAGUGAUAAGAGUUCCUACUGUUGGGAAAGAUGUCGCAUGUUCUUCCCAAAAUGAUGAAAAUGUUCUAGAUGGGAAUACUGGUGGCAAUGAAUCUCUGUCUGUUUCUGCCAAACAGAAUAUUGGUCAUCCAACAGAGCAGAUGACCAUUUCUGGUAAUCCUAAUGAAAAGGUAAAAAGCACUGGUACUGUACAACCAAAGUUGGCUACAGCAGUAGUGGUGCGUCAUUCAUCAAAAACUCACUCCACUAUUCAGCAAGCACUUGUUUCGCAGGAACAUCCUGGUGGAAAGGUGUUGGUUAGUAAAAGUAGUCCAGAUGAGACUGCUGCUAAAACUGCUCCAACUUUUAAUAGAAGUAACAAUAAUAAUGGUUUAGAUGUCAAUAAUACAAGUGGUUCAGGUGCUCCUGAGCCUUCGACCUGCCUUAAUUCUGCCACGGGAGAGAAUAGGUCGGAUAUAAUGCAAGAUGAGGUUAAGGAUGGCUCACAGUUUGAGCAGAAGACUAUGUCUGUAAUGCGGGGUGGAGAAAUGGUACAGGUGAGCUACAAGGUAUACAUUCCUAAAAAAGCUCCUGCUUUGGCCAGGAGGCAGCUCAAGCGGUAAUAAUUGAUCAGGUUCUGGGUGCAAAUACGACUGCUGUAGUUGUCUAAAUUUAUUUCUAUAACAGUUUGUGGUAGACAACUUUCUAUCUGCAAGCUGCCUUUCAAUGCAGUAUCUGAAGGCUUAUAAUUUAUAGAUUCAAGUCAAAAGGCAAGUCAUGGUGAAAUUGCUUGUUUAAGAGAUGAAAACUUGUAUGGACGACCCAAAUUGUUGUUUUGAGUUCACUAGGAUAUUUGUUCUUACAUUUUUGGUAUAAUUAUGAUCCAGGUGUAAGCGACCUGCUUGCUUCAGUAUGUAAUGUGAAUUGACGAUUGCCUUCCCGUUGGUAAAAAUAACUUGUUUUUGGGGCUUCUUGACA